GGGAACAGGAAGUAAGUACAGCGAUAACUAAAGGGAGACCCUAAAGCCGGAGCUGUACAGUGGGGCGGACGGUAUUACUCUGGUUUAAACUAAACUAAUUCACCUGGGUGUCUUAAGGAGAAACAUCUUCUGCACUGAGAUCUGAUGUAGAGUGUUGGGAUAUAAUGGCGUUCGUUGUUGUGUGCUCAUAAUUUUUACCGAGCUAACGCCGGGUCUAGCGCUAAAGUUAGCUUAUUAAGGCAUCUAGUUUUAGUGACGGGACCGAAGAAGGCAACGAAAUGAGUGAAUGUGCGACCAGACAUCGGCAUGCUUAACCAAGAGCUGAGACAGUUCAGUGUUGCAAUGAGGACCAUCAGCAUCCGUCUUUGAGGGCUCGGAGGCAUGAACUCGGUUUCCCCCAGCGCAGCGCAGUACAUGGGGGUAGUGAUGCAGGAUGAGCAGGUGGAGAGCCGGAGGCCGCCGUCCCUGGAGCGGCAGGGCAGCUUUGGAUUCAGAGGGCCUCAAGCUUCAGAUGCAAGCAGAGAUACAGCCAGAGAGCCUGAUGAGAUGGACAAAGUCAAGGCCAAACUGAUGUCAGCAUGGAACAAUGUCAAAUAUGGUUGGACUAUUAAAACUAAAACCUCUUUCAACAAAAUAUCUCCUGUCACAAUCCUGGGGCACUCUUAUCUACUCAACAAUGAAGAUGAGGUGGAGCGGUUCCGUCGGGAUUUUGUGUCCAGAAUAUGGCUGACCUACCGUAGGGAGUUUCCCCUGCUGGAAGGCUCUACCUGGACAACAGACUGUGGCUGGGGCUGCAUGCUGCGCAGCGGACAGAUGCUGCUGGCACAGGGGCUUGUGGUCCACCUGAUGCCCAGAGAUUGGACUUGGCCAGAUGCUCUGCAGCUAACUGAUGUGGACUUCGAGGUAUUCCGACCUCGUUCCCCAGUUCGGGCUGGAGGGGUUCCUAUCCCGUCCUUUGGUUCUUUGCGAGGAUCCAGCAGCCCAGAGAAAACUCCAGCUGGCAGUCAGGCGCCCAGAUGCUGCCAGAGAAAGAGACCUGAAUCUGCCAGGGACCGGCAGGCGGAGCCCAUCCACUCCAAGCUAAUCACCUGGUUUGGAGACCAGCCUCCAGCACCUUUUGGUGUUCACCAGCUGGUGGAAAUAGGCAAAAGUUCAGGGAAGAAGGCUGGCGACUGGUACGGCCCAUCGAUAGUUGCGCAUAUUCUUCGGAAAGCAGUAGCCAAAACCCCUGUGGCACAAAGCCUAGCUGUAUAUGUUGCUCAGGACUGCACAAUAUACAAAGAGGAUGUGGUGCAUCUCUGCGAUCUGUCACUAAGUCAGAGUCCUGCUGAUCCUUCCGACCAAGCCUGGAAGUCUGUCAUCAUACUGGUCCCUGUCCGGCUCGGAGGAGAGGCCCUUAACCCGUCUUACAUUGAGUGUGUCAAGAAUAUCCUGAAGCUGGAUUGUUGUAUUGGAAUAAUUGGAGGGAAACCAAAGCACUCACUCUACUUCAUUGGCUUCCAAGAUGAGCAGCUUCUCUAUCUGGAUCCACACUUCUGCCAACCGGUUGUCGAUGUCGCUCAAGCAGACUUCUCACUGGAGUCGUUCCACUGCAGCUCCCCUAAAAAGAUGCCCUUCAGCCGCAUGGAUCCCAGCUGCACCAUCGGCUUCUAUGCCAAGAACAAGAAGGACUUUGAGUCUCUAUGUGCUGCUGUUGGCAUGGCUCUGUCCUCAUCCAAGGAGAAAUACCCCAUCUUCACCUUCGUCGAGGGGCCGGGGCAGGACUAUGGACUUGAGGGUGACAGCAGCAACCACAGUGGACCCUCAGCCCACAUCUUGCCUCCAGACACACUGAGCAGGAGUAACAACAGAAGAAGCAGUGAGGAGUUUGUCUUCCUGUGAGCCGCUGAGGAACAUGACCUCCCACAUUCCACCACUUGGUGGCAGAAGACUUAUCCUGACUUGGUUCCGGUGGAUACAGCUCUUGGUUCAAAGAUAUUAUCGUUUCUAUAUGAAUCAGUUGACUGAUCUGCUUUCUUGAUUGGAGGAAGAUAAUUUUCAGAUCUCUCUCUUGACUUCUUAACUGGAAAGGACUGAUUAUUUUUCCCUUGAUAAAGUCAAAAAAAUCUAAAACUCCAAUACUCAAGGUUGCAGCUUCCCAUUAUAAUUCCUGUGUAAUGUACAGUUCUCAUUGAAUUCAAUGAGAAAGUGUGUCCAAACUUUUGGUCUGUACUGUAUAUCACCUUCUGUACACAUUUUUCUUUUUAAAAUAGUUUCAUCCUCUUUCGAGUUUAUUUAUAAGAUUUAUGAAUGUGUGUGUGUGUGAGUGAGUGCAAGGUUUGUGUAAGUUAUUGGUCUUUAAUUGUCCUGAUAUAUUUAGAUGUCAGUGCUGUCGUACCUCCCAGAGGUUUUGGGCUCUUGCAAGUGUUUAUUGAACAUCUUCAGUGAAACUUUUGUAUCUCUGAGAAAGCCACAGCCCAGAACCUUUCCUAAUUAUUUGCCAUCAGGAAUAUAAAAUUCUCCCAGAAAUCUGCUGUUACAUUUCUCUUGCUGCUAGAAAUUGGUAUUUAUCUUUACUGAUUAGCCAAGCCUCGUCAAACAUUUUGUAAAACGUAAUCUGGAUACAUUUUCAAAGUAAAACCCAAAGGAGCUCUGCUUAAUCAACAAAGUUGAGGUUUUAUUGUGUUAAUGUGUCACAUGACCAUGCUGAGUUGAGUUUUUGGUCCCAUGGCCUGUUCUUUCACAUGACAGCACUUACUGGAAAUUGCACUACUACUGUUAGUUUGCUGUCCAGAUUAAAUACAAACACUGGAACACUA